AGCGACUGGGAAGCAGAGGUGAGACAUCUGCAAGUGCUUCCGGUGAGGUUCUUGAGCGCGGAGUGCGGGGCUCUGAGGUCCACACUUCUGCGGAAGAUGUUUUACCACAUUUCCCUGGAGCACGAGAUCCUGCUGCAUCCACGCUACUUCGGUCCCAAUUUACUCAACACCGUGAAGCAGAAGCUCUUCACCGAGGUGGAGGGGACCUGCACCGGGAAGUAUGGCUUUGUAAUUGCUGUCACCACCAUUGACAAUAUUGGUGCUGGUGUGAUCCAGCCAGGCCGAGGUUUUGUUCUUUAUCCAGUUAAGUACAAGGCUAUUGUUUUCCGGCCAUUUAAAGGUGAAGUGGUGGAUGCUGUGGUCACUCAGGUCAACAAGGUUGGACUUUUCACAGAAAUUGGGCCCAUGUCUUGCUUCAUCUCUAGACAUUCCAUCCCAUCAGAGAUGGAGUUCGAUCCAAAUUCCAACCCACCUUGUUACAAGACAAUGGAUGAGGACAUUGUGAUUCAGCAGGAUGAUGAGAUCCGCUUGAAGAUUGUGGGGACACGUGUGGACAAGAAUGACAUUUUUGCUAUUGGCUCUCUGAUGGACGAUUACUUGGGACUUGUGAGCUGAGUAAGGGAGCCUCCAGCCUUGUUUGGUCCUGAUUAGAGAACGUGACUUUCCUACUUGGUACACUGUCUAAAAGUUCAGUCUGGCUGCUGUUAGGGAGGCAAGGAAGGUCCCUUGUCCCCAGAAGACUGCGUGUGCUUCUUCCAGCUGAGCUGUGCUCUCAGACUUUUAAUCUGUGUUCUAACCAUAAAAGGUUUUUGGCUCUCA